AUUUAUGUUACUUCUAUCCCUAAAGCCUAAACGAUAACUUUAUCGUCUGGUCCUACGAAAUGCAUACCUUCCUGAGACUUUCUUCAAAUGCUUCUAAACAUUUGUGCAAACAAGCUUGCUACAGUCGCCUGCAUGGAUACACGAAACAUGCAAGACGCAACAUAUCUGUCUCCACGGCUCUCACUCCUCCGGAAUUGAACCGUAACGAGUCUGAAGACGAUGUCACCGAGCACGUUAUCAUCCAGGAUCCAGGGCUAUACGAAAUGAUACUUCCUGAAGAGCCGUACAAAUGGGGCGUUUCCCAUAUACACCGUAAAGAGGUACCCGCUUAUAUACGUUACCCGCCGUACGUGAAGCAGACUCUUGAAUGCAUGCGAUUGGGAAAGGAUCCAUCCAAUGUGGGUGAAUCAUAUGACGACGAUGGUGACGGGAGGAUUGAGUUCCAAGGUCGAGAGGUGUUCCAUCUGAGGAAUGCUGCACGGUUAGCCAGAGCAACGCUCGAUUAUGCAGCUGGUUUUAUUAAGCCAGGUGCCACGACAAGCUCGAUUAAUGCGGCGGUACACCAGUACAUAAUUUCUCACAAAGCCUAUCCGUCUCCCUUGCACUACUCUGGUUUCCCUAAAUCAUGCUGCACGAGUGUCAAUAACAUCGUAGCCCAUGGUAUACCUGAUAGUCGACGUCUUCAGGACGGGGAUAUUGUGAACGUCGACGUUACAGUCUACCUCGAUGGGUAUCAUGGAGAUACCUCGCGAACCUUUCUCGUGGGUAAUGUCGAUGACAUAGGAAAGUCCUUAGUCGCAGUUACGAACGAGGCUCUGGAUGCAGCAAUCCAAGCUUGUGGACCCGGACAACCGUUCAAAGGCAUCGCGAGAGCCAUUCACAACAUCCUCCAGAGUCACGGUAGUGGUCAGUGGUGUGUCUCUCCUCAAUUUACUGGGCAUGGAAUAGGAAGGAUGUUCCACCGUCCACCAUGGAUUCUUCAUGAUUUGAACGAAGAGCCGGGAGAAAUGUUACCUGGGCAUUGUUUCACGAUUGAGCCAUGCAUUAUAAAGGGAACUGACCCUCGAACAUGGAUAUUUCCUGAUGGAUGGACAGCUUCGACAGUGAGCGGGGCACGAAGUGCGCAGGCAGAAGAGAUGAUACUUAUUACUGAACAUGGGGUGGAUGUACUUACCAGAGAACGACCAUCCUGAUCCAAUUCCUGACUUUUCGUUUCCGAAAACACUCGAUGAUUUAAUGC